AUGCGCGUCCUGAUCAGUGGAGCAGGCAUCGCUGGGCCCACACUAGCUUGGUUCCUGGCAAAGGCCGGGGCACGCAUCACCAUCGUCGAGAAGAGCCACUCACUUCUCCCCCAUGGGCAGAACGUUGACAUAGAAGGCGGCGCCCUCACAGUCAUCAAGAAGAUGGGGCUCAUGGAUCGACUUCGGCAAUUCAACACGACAGAAAAGGGGACCCAGUUCAUCAGUCCAACGGGACAGCCAUUUGCAUCCUUUCCAAUCUCGAAGGGUCCAGGAAGGAGUGUUAGCCUCACUUCGGAUUUUGAGAUUCUUCGCGCAGACUUGGCAGCGAUCCUCCACGAGGCUACGAAAGACCUUCCGAAUGUGAAGUACUUGUUCGGUACCAUGAUCAAGAAAGUCGUCUCGAAUGAUGGGGAUUCCGUCAAGGUUGAACUCAGCAAUGGGGAGGUGCAGGACUUCGACCUUUUGGUCGCAGCAGACGGCCAAUGGUCAAAGGUGCGAAAGCAGUGCUUCCCUCCAGACUCUGUCAAUGUAAUUCAUAAGGGUAAUUACGUCGCGUACUGGACCGUUCCACGCCUACCCAUCGACAACGACUGGUGGAACAUCUACCUGGCUCUUCCAUCACGAUUCAUGAGUAUCAGGCCCGACCCACACAGCACCAUAAGGGCUCUGUUCUCUCUUAUGCCCUGCAAUAGCUCCCAGGAAAAGGCGUGGCUGGAGGCAUCCAAGAGUGACCGACAGACGCAGCAAGAUCUCUUGAGGAGAGAGUUUGUAGGCUCAGGAUGGCAAGCGGAGAGGCUCCUGGACGCCAUGGAUCAAGCGCCCGACUUCUACUUCCACGAAAUUGCGCAGAUAAAGAUGUCCAAAUGGUUCACUUCUCGCGUUGUCUGCCUAGGAGACGCCGCGUAUGCCCCGACGCCACUCACAGGGAUGGGCACUUCGCUGGCCAUAACCGGGGCCUACAUCCUAGCUGGCGAACUGAGCAAGCUCGACGACGGCGAACACCUGUCAAAGGCGCUUGAGGCUUACGAAAGCAUCUUUCGCCCAUUCGUUGAGAAGACGCAGCAGAUCCCCUUCUUCUUCCCAGCCAUUGCGCAUCCCGAGACGGCAUGGAAGAGAUGGCUGAUUCAGGCCUUGGUUUGGGCGUUCUCCAAGCUCAUGGCAAUUCCAUGGCUAGCGAUGAAAAUUGGUGACCAUGGUUAUAGCGAGAAUUUUUCAUUGCCAAAGUACCCAAGCUUUGAUGAAGGGGACGCUAAGUGA